AUGGCGGUGGGGAGGACUUUGCUGUUCCUCUCGAUGGUGUCUGCAUUGGUAUCCCCAUUGAUCUCUCCCGUGUCCACAUCCUACACCAAGCCCUGCUUGCCAGGGUGGGUCCUUUUCAACGACCACUGCUACCGAAUCACACCGGAGAAGCUGACAUUCAACGCUGCCGAGGCCUUCUGCCAAGGGUUCGCUAAUGGCAACGGGAGAGGUCACUUGGCGUCGGUACACGAUGACAGAGAAAACGAUUUCAUCGCCCAGUUGGCUUCAUUGACCGGGAUAGGGGGACGACAUGGAUGGGUCUGGAUUGGUUUGAACGAUGCACAGAAACCAGGUGAAUUUGUGUGGACAGACGGUACUGCCGGUUCUUAUCGCAACUGGUCACCCGGCGAACCGACUGCUUACGGUGAGGACUACGUUGCCAUACGACCAAUGGACGGACGGUGGAAUGACGGUUCUGCAAACAAAAGGGCGGUGUGUAAAAUGCCAUUUGGUGAUAUCAGCAGCAUGGCGAGUCUGGCUUGCAUUAAUUAA